AUGGAUAAAGAAGAUACAUUCAACGGUUUAAUAUUUUUAAAUAAAUAUUGUAUACCACCAGAAAUAUUAUCAUUAAUAUUAAGUUAUGUUGAUGUGAAGACAUUGUACAAACAUUGUACGUUGGUGUGUAAACUAUGGAAUGAAUUUAUUAAAGAUUUUGUAUGGAAAUUAAAAUGUGAACAAGAAAUAUUAAACAAACAACAAUUACAAUUGUUACGCCAAAAACAAUGUCCAUACAACGUAUAUCAAAUGAUUUGUGUAUUUAAAAAAUCAUUUUACACAAAUUUUAUUCAGAAUCCAUGUGGAGUGAAUGCUUUUAACAAUUGGAUAAUUGAUAGAAACGGCGGUGAUCAUUUUGUAAUUGAAGAUUGUACAUUACUUGAUAAAGAUUUUUGUGAAGUACAAGACGAAAUGGUAUCAAAUGAUGUAACCAAAUGUUUUACCACAUCGUAUGGUGCAUGCAGUAAACUGCAAGUGAUUGAUUUGUACAAACAUUGUGGUGGGAGUGGUGUAACACAACAAUUUAUUGAUGAAUAUCAACCACCAAUCUACGUGAGUGAAUGGUAUGGAAGUCGACGUGAUUGUGGAUGCACUUAUCAAUUACGUGUCAUUUUAUUUGAUUCAAACUAUCAACCAAUUCGCCGAUGUAAUUGUAAUUAUUUAUACCAGUAUAGAGUUGAACAAUGGCAAGGUGGUUUCUUUGAAAAAGUUGAAUAUGUAUUUAAAAAUUAUGGACCCAACGUAAGAUAUGUAUUGUUUUAUCAUUUUGGAAAAGAUACACAAUUUUGGGCUGGACAUUAUGGUAGUAAAUUUACAAAUGCUAAUGUUCAACUAUUUUAUCCAAAUGAUACAUCUAAAGAUCAUGUGAUUGGUUUACAUUCACAAGAAUCAUUACACGAAGAUUGUAAACAGAUAAAUAAUUGUCAAUCACCAAUCUACCAAUUUGAUCGUUUUUUUCAUUCAGCUGUAAAAAAAUAUAAAACUAAAUAUUUGGUUUGAUCAAUUAUUUACUGUAAAUAUUAGCUGGCAGUGGCAGAAAAGGUUUACUACUAAUUUCACAAAAAUCAGGAAUAACAACCAAAAUGAAUUUUAAUUUCAGAGGGACUGCAAAUUUAACAAGUUGUUACAAAGGCUGUGUCUAACAAAUUUCUCCGUUGCGAAAUUUUUUUCAUAGGAAGUUUCAUGUUCUUAAUAUAUAUAUGUUCUUGGUUCUUGCUCUAUGUAUAAUUUCUGAUAUGGCGGUUAAAAACUACGCAGAAAGUAUAACAAAGUUAUUCGAAUUGCGGUUUUUUUAACCGACUUUACUAAAGUUAUGAGAAAAGCUCGCACAGCUGAUAAUAAAUUUUUUUUUUUUUGGCUUUAUAUUUUGAGUUUAAAAAAAUUUUUAUUCACUACCCUAUAAAGCAUGAAAGUUUGUGUUUUUUCCAAGUAGUCAUUUCAUUUGAAAUUUUGGAAAAGAAAAAGUUUUUAAAUGAGCUUAAGAGAAUCUCUAUGCAACCGUUCUAAAGGAUUAAACACUUAACAAAAUAGGAUUCCGAUAGUAGGUCAUCAGACAUAAACAAAAUUGCAUUUUUUGCAGGUAUCGGGCAACGGAUAUCUCUCAUUCUUUCGAACGAAUAUUCAGUCAUCUUAUCCUUGGCUUUGAAAACGUUCGAAAUGGAUUAAUUUUUAGACACGAGCUUGUCAACAGAUUCUCAAAUUUCCAGACGUUGUGAAAAAAAUUCAAAUAUUACUUAACUUUCAAUUUAAUUUUGCAAAUUCUGCGAUAUUGUUUGCUUGUGGAGAUUUUAAUAAUUGGGAGUAGUUUUUACAGAUUGAUUGGGAACAAAGAAGGAAAACUACGGAUGAGUAUUUUAUUUUCAAACCUGUUAAUUCGUAAUGCCAAGUUUAUACAAGCUUAGUAACUACUUACACUUUUACCUUGUGGGUGAACAGUGAUUUCUGAAAAGUGAAAACAGGAUCGUAACCAGGAUGUGAUGUGCAGGAACUAAACUUUUGUAAACUAAUAAAUGGUUCAAAUUUUCAUAGCUUUGUACAGGCUGUUUCAAGAUUGCACAGUAAUAUUUAUGGGCAUGUUCUCUACUUCAAAAUAAGCAAAAAAGUUCAUAUAAACAUAUAUCCGAAAAUAAUUUAUUCCUGAGUUAAAAGAAGGCUAAAAAUGUAUUCUUCUAAAAUCAGAUUUUAAUCAAGGGCGAAAUUAAAUAACCAUGGUUUAAGAAGCUUUGCUUUUUUGGAUCGAGAGAACAUGCACCGUAGAUAGUUUAUUGAAAUUUUGAAACACCAUAUAUAUUUAGAAAUUUGAGUACCCAAUAAUUAUAGAUACAGUUUAGGUACUUAAAGUUCUUUAUCGUU